AGAAGCCGAGGCUGGCUCUAUGGUGCGGCGCUGGCGGUGUCGCUGUGGGGAGUGGGUGCUGCUCUCAGGCAUAUGACUGCUUGUAUCGGAGAUGUUAUACUUUGGGCGUUACGGAAUUGGAAUUUCCUUUCAGUUCAGGACCCCUUUGUGACAGUGAUUUCAUCAGAUGGAAAAAUCAGAUUGUCGGCCAGAAUACGAAGAGGGAGCCAGCCUGGGUCAUUUGUUGGCAGUACAUAUUGGCUGAAGUCAGUUUUCAUUUCAAGAUGUUUUCUUCCAAUGGGCUUUUGCUGUAGGAUGUUGGAAAACCAAGAGCAGGAGGAGGUGAUCACUGUGCGUGUUCAGGACCCCCGCGUGCAGAAUGAGGGCUCCUGGAAUUCUUAUGUGGAUUAUAAGAUAUUUCUCCACACCAACAGCAAGGCCUUUACCGCCAAGACGUCCUGUGUGCGUCGCCGCUACCGUGAGUUCGUGUGGCUGAGAAAGCAGCUACAGAGAAAUGCUGGUUUAGUCCCUGUACCUGAACUUCCUGGGAAGUCAACCUUCUUUGGCAGCUCAGAUGAGUUCAUUGAGAAGCGCCGGCAAGGUCUGCAGCACUUCCUGGAAAAGGUCCUGCAGAGUGUGGUCCUCCUGUCAGACAGCCAGUUACACCUCUUCCUGCAAAGCCAGCUCUCGGUGCCUGAGAUCGAAGCCUGUGUCCAGGGCCGAAGCCCCAUGACGGUUUCUGACGCCAUUCUUCACUACGCUAUGUCAAACUGUGGCUGGGUCCAGGAGGAGAGGCGGGGUUCUUCUCACCUGGCUAAAGGAGACCAGCCUAAGAGUUGCUGCUUUCUUCCACGAUCGGGCAGGAGGAGCUCUCCCUCACCACCUCCCAGGGAAGAAAAGGACCAUUUCGAGGUGUGGGCUCCCGUUGUUGACUCUGAAGCUCCUUCCUUGGAAAGCCCCCCUCUGCCACCCUCCCCCUCGCCAUCAUGCUGUGAUUUUACAAGACCCGAUGAGGGGACGUCUGCUCCUCAGCCAGUGAGGAGGGCCAUGGCAGGGGACCAUGCUGUGCCUUUGGACCCUGGGCAGUUAGAAACGGUUGUGGAGAAAUGAGCUCUGGUCUGAGCCCUGGGUUCUGCUCCGAGGCGGCAAGGGGACUUGCUGGGGUGGGAUCGGGCACAGGGUAGGUGUGGGCGGUUGGGCCACUUAGUGUCUUACGGUUGCCUCUGCUCAGGUUGGUUACACAGAGGCGGGUCGCAAUAGCUCCUCAGGCUUCCUCCGCAGGAUUAAACACUGUCCAGUUGUAAGGUAGGCGUAAGGCCCGCGGGCUGUUGGUUUUGCACGGAAACACUGGGCGGGGGGUGGUAUAUUUACUCCCCUGGGAGCUGAGUUUCUUUAGAUGUUCGUUAAUGGACCCGAGAGCAUUGCCUCAGGUGACUGGUUUUGGGGACCUGCAAGUGGCAGAUUUUAAGCUGUCCUGUUGAAUACUGACCCAACAGAAACACUUGCGUAGUUGUAUUCCCGGGGGCUGUGUUUUUGCUGCGGCCCUUGGAGCACUUUGUUUCUGGGAGGCUGGCCUCUUGCCUGCCUCCUUUGGUGGACCAGGGGGUGAAUGUUGAUUCUCCCACCCCCUCGCUUGCCUUCCUUCACUAAUCCCACGGAACGGAACAGUGCUGUGACUCCUCUGUCGCCGGGGUUUCCCGCAUAUCCUGAGACCUCAGUCUCACCGCGUGGGGCCUGAGCUCAUGGCCAUCUGCGGAAGAGAAGCGGUCGGUCACAGCCCGAGGAAAGGCAACGGCUCGGGGUUUUGUUUUAGAAAAGGCUGUCCUGGGUCCUGCGCUGUCGCUGUCUUUUCCGGUUACAAAGCAGAGAUGUGACUGUGUUUUCUGCACGGUUAGCGUGGGCUCCUUUCUUUUUUGAAUCCUUCUCUUCUCCCUGAGUAAUAGCCUCCUGCCCCUGGGGCUUCAGCUACCACGGUGUCCCUCUGCUGUGUUGCUGUGUUGCAGGGAGGCCGUAUGUUCAGUCCAAUGGCGCGCAAGGGCUUUGUCUGUGCCUGGAGAGAGGGCUCUGGGGAUGGAGGUGAGGAACGACACGCCUUCACACAAUGAGGCAUUCUGCCCUCCUGCUGCCAUAAUUCCUCUCCGUGGAGAGCCGAGCGGCUAGGAGCCCAGUGCCGCUGGCGGUGUGCAUUGCGUGGCGCUUAGGUGUGGGUGUGGGCGUGCGGUUCUCCUCUCGCCCACCCCCCCCUCCUCUGGCCAGCCCGCCCUGUCUGCGGGCUCCUUUAAUACCAGCCUGUGCUGUGGGACUGUCAUGGCAUUUAGUUCAGAGUUGAGGGGCUUUGGCCUGAAAUAAAAUUCCAAGUAUUUAA